AUGAGGCUUCUCUGUGUAGAAGGUCAGCAGGGUUCCAUGGAAAUUCCAUUGCUUCUCUUUAGGCUGGCCCUCUCUUCACUCUCAGCCCUGGAAGAACCUUCAACUGAGGACAUAGGGGAUAAGAGGAAAGAACAUAUUAAACUCAAAGUUAUUGAAUAGGAUAGUAGUGAGAUACAUUUCAAAGUAAAAAUGACAGCACCUUUCAAGGAACUCAAAGAAUCAUGCUGUCAAAUUAAAAUAUCACCACAGUCAAAGACAGUUCCAAUGAAUUCACUCAGGUUUCUCUUUGAAGGGCAGAGAAUUACUGAUAAUCGUACUCAGAAAGAACUGGGAAUGGAAGAGAAUGUGGUUGAAGUUUAUCAGGAUCAGAAUCAAACUGGGGGCAGAUGUCAUUUGAUGGCUAGAUAGUUCAUUUUAUUUUUUUCCUUUUCCUCAACCCUUUUUUGUUUUUAAAAAUAGUUAUUUUGUAAUGUGUUCAAUGUGAUUAUUGAAUACUGGCACUCCAUCUCUUUAGAAUAUCUGGCAAUCUGAAGUCUAGUGUUCAAUAUUCAUUAUUGGUUGUUUUGAUUGUUCUGAUUUUUGGUGAUCAGACCUCAAUCCCCUUAAUAUAAUGUUGCCCUUCUUCUGUGUUGUUGUUGUUGUUAUG